AAGUAGCGACAGUCAGUCGUCAGUCGUAGGGAAGGAAGCCUUUAUCUCCUACAGAGUAUAGAAAAAAACAUGCCGGGGUUUAUAUUUAUGACUGCUUAAAACAUAUUUAUACAUACAUACCUACCUGGUUUACCUUACAGCUAUCGCAAUUUCGGCCAGUGGUGGGGGAGAUAUUAGAUAUAUAUAGAUACAUAUAUAUCAAUGCCAACCACAGGUAUGAACUUUAAUGCCUAACUGAUGAGACAGACCUUAAGUUUUCGUUACGAAACCAAUAUAUAUAUAUUGUGUGUGUAUAAAAUAAAUAAUUACAGAGGAUAUAUUUAUUUAUACAUACCGGGAUGAUAUCAAAUAUAUUCGUAUGAACCCCCCACCAAAAGCAAAAACAAAGAUGUUUUUCGUAACUCAAUUAUUAAACGUUGACGGAUUACCGACGCAAAGUACACAUUUUUUACAGUCUUAAUUCAUUACAUUUCGUAAUUAAACAGUUAUUUAAAAGAAUUUCAUCGUAUGAGAUACCAAUUAUUUAUUGCAUAUGUAUAUCAAAUCUUUUUUAAAUAAUUUUAACAUAAAUCGGUUGCCUUUGUAUAUUUAAUAACAAAACUUAAGGUUAACCCUCUUCGAAGUUUACAAUCCAACACACACACACAUAUAUAUAUGUAUAUAUAUGUAUUCUAGGAUUUCAGCCUGGAGGCGAUAAUUAACAACCGACCCCCCCACCCACACAUAUAUAUGUAUAUAUAUGUAUUCUAGGAUUUCAGCCUGGAAGAGAUAAUUAACAACUGACCCCCACACACACAUAUAUAUAUAUGUAUAUAUAUGUAUUCUAGGAUUUCAGCCUGGAAGAUAUAAUUAACAACUGACUAUUAUACAACAAUAAUAAUAAUUUUGAAAAUCCCAAAGUGAUAUUUUGGUUAAAAAUUACCAGUGGCACCAAUACUAAAUAAUGCCUGGAUAUAAUUUAUCUUUCGUCAAUAAACUAAGUCGGCGCUGUAUCUGUCCCCUGUGCCGUCUUCCUAUGAAGGAUCCCGUAGUUAUCACAACUUGUGGACACAGGUUCUGUGAUGUUUGUCUCCAGGAAUUCCUCAGUCGAACGACAAACAUAAAGAAUUCGCCAAGUAAAAUUGCCGGUGUAUUCAAGUGCCCUGAAGAUGACAAACCUCUCGACUACAGCAAACUUUAUCCGGAUAACAACCUUUACACCGAGAUCACAACCAGUCUGAUCCGCUGCAAACACUACAAAGAUGGAUGCAAAUGGGUUGACCAGCUGGGAAAAUUACAGAGUCAUCUCGAUAUCUGUCGCUACGAUGCUGUGUCCUGCCCCAACAGCUGUUCCGCUCUCCUCUCUCGCAUGUGUGUCCAUGACCAUCUAGAAUUUACCUGCCCAAGACGACGGGUGCUGUGUAAAUUUUGUGGAAACGAGUUUUCUGGAGAGCAAUUUGAGAAUCACAAUGGCAACUGUCCAUACGAAUCCGUGUGGUGCGAGAACAAGUGUGGCGCUCGCCUUGACAGACGACACCUCUCAAAUCAUAUGAAGAAUGAAUGCCACAAAAGAACUGUCCUGUGUCAGUAUUGUAAACGAGAAUUUGUAGAAGAAACCUUACAGACUCAUCAAUACAAAUGUCCCCGAUUCCCUGUGCAAUGUCCCAAUCAGUGUGAAACUGCAAAAAUCCCCAGAGAAGAGGUCGAAGUCCACAUUCAAGAACGUUGUCCUUCUGUUUCAAUUACUUGUGCUUUUAAAGAGGCUGGCUGCAAGACCAAGUGCCAAAGGUUCCAUUUGGACAGCCACAUGGAAGAAAAUAUGAAACGGCAUUUGAGCCUGGUCUGGGAAUUGGUACGACAACAGCAGCAGGAGAUUCGUCAACUGAAGAACGCUCUUCAUGCCAGUACACAGAUCACCAAUGGAAGCUACAUUUGGAAGAUCAGUGACUAUAAGACAAAAUAUUUAGAAGCUGCCUACAAAGGAGCUAAAGAACUCACUUGUCAACCGUUUUACACAUCAAGGAACGGUUAUAAAGUAUCGGCAUCGGUUUUCCUGAAUGGUUAUGGGAAUUCAGAUGGCAAAUAUCUUUCGUUGUAUUUUAAAAUCUUACCAGGAGAGUAUGAUAAUAUACUCGAAUGGCCAUUUCGGCUUCCUGUGACCUUUACCUUGUAUGAUCAAGCUGCUGACCCUGACAAACGUAAGAACAUUGUGGAACGUUUUGUACCUGAUCCUACAAGGAAACAGUUCAAGAAGCCCCACCCCGACAUUGAAACACUCGGAUUUGGUUACCCCAAAUUCCUUACUUUGGAGACUCUAAAGACCAGAAAUUUCAUUAAAGACGAUGCUUUGUACAUCGGAAUUUCUGUAGACAACAAAACAUUUAUAGUGCCAUGAAUGGGUUUUCUGUUUCAAAGUUUUGGUUAUUGUUCUUGAAAAGAUCGUUUAAGAGUCAACACACUUCCUUGUUCUUGGCAUCUUCGUAUCUUAAAAAAAAAAAAAAUUUUUUUUUUUUGGUAAACUACAAAUGCCAGGGAAGAAAAAUGCAAGAGGAAAUGUUCUUCUUUCCAUGUUGCACUCUGCCGACCCUGAUUUUGAAAGAUCCGCAGUAUCGGGAGGCUUUUUUCCCCACCCCCCACACCACAACUUUUAGUCAUGGCCAGCUGUUCCUCUUCUCUGAGGCGUACAAUUGGGUUUAUUUCCAAAUACAAUGUCCUCAAAUUUAUACAACUUUCUGUUGUGAUGUUUUUACGAUAUUUAUUAAUUAAAAACAAAACUUCAUAUUCACAGAUUAGUUUAAUUGGAGUUCAACAUCAAGUAAAGUAUCUAUAAUUAGAAAACCACAUUUCUUUCCUAUUUUUUAAAAUAAAUUUGUCACAACUGUUCCCCCCCCCCCAAUGUAAAAAAAGAUAUAAAUAUGGGAAUGGUAAAUUUCCUAUUUAUAUGGUAAUAUUUCUAUUACACAUACAUUUUCUUAUAUCACGCAUUAAAUAUGUUCUUGGAUUUCAUCAGUUUUGGUCAAUGCCAAAUCGAGAAAGAAAUGAAAUACUUUAAAAAAAAAAAAUCAAAUCGUUUGUAAAGUAAAAUUCUUGUGAAUUUCAGAGAAAUGUGCCAAACUUUGCUAAUCUUCUUCAUUUGUGCUGAAUUUUGUUUGGAAAACUUUCACUAAGAGAUUUUACAAGAAUGUAAGAGAAAAAAAAAAAAUGGUAUUACCUUUCUUCCCCCCCCCCUUUUUUUUUUCUGAAUUGAAUACUCAAAGAAGAAAACUUGUACUUGAAGUAAAAACAAAACCAUUUUUGCAUGGAUUAAUUUAAGGAACCAUCGUAUUUAAAUUUGUAUUUAAAUUUACCAGCAAAUUGAUGUAUUUGUUUGAGUCCACAAUCAAAUUUUUCGUUUUCAUAAAAUCAUGCAAUUUAAAAAAAAAAAACCUUCAUCAAAAUAUUUAAUUUGGAUUAAAAA